AUGGCCGAAGCGAUCAAGCGGGCUGAGAUAUAUGGCAUUGGAAUGGUCAGUGUCAAUCACUCUAACCACUUUGGUAUGGCGGCAACCUACGUGCUCCAGGCAUUGCAGGCCAACAUGAUCUCCCUUGUCUUCACCAGCUCGGCGAAGCAGAUGCCUCCAUUUGGAGGAAAAGAGACCCCCCUUGGCAUCGCGCCAUUCGCGGCGGGGGCCCCUUCCAACAGGGAAGUUCCGUAUAUCCUCGAUAUAGCCCCUUCUACGCCAAUGUCGCCUCAACGGAAGUAUGGCUCUGAUCGGCGGACCAAAGGGUUAGGCUCUGGAAUUGCUAUCUUGAUGGAUAUCAUGUCCAGUGUUUUGACAGUCGCGGGGUUCGGCGGGCAGGUUGGCGAUCGGUACAAGGAUGCGAAGCCGCAGGAUGCCGGCCAUUGCUUCAUUGCGAUCAAGCCAGAUGUGUGCUUCAGUGUCGACGACUUAAAGGCACGCAUGGACACAUUAGUGCAGAGGGUGCAUGGGGUUAUCCCGGCGCCGGGGUUCUCCGAAGUCCUAUUCCCUGGCGAGCCAGAGCAGCGGCUGUGCCUGCAGCGCCGAAGAGAGGGCAUCCCGUACGCGGACGCAGAGAGGAAGAUGUUUACUGAGUCUGCCAAGCAAUAUGGUGUUCCUGAGCUGCUUCUUUCUGAGACGCCUCUUUCGGUCUGA